CGGCCUGCCGGCGGCAUGAGCCCUGCGGCGGGGCGGGGGGGCGGCAGCACCGGGCAGGGCAGCCCCCGACGCCAUGCCCAAGGAGCGGCCGCUCUGGCGGGGCGCCGCUUUCCGCCUCUGCCUGCUCUCCGCCGCGCUCUUCCUCUGCCUGCAGCUGGGCAUGAGGCGAACCUGGUGUCCGGAGGAGAAGUCCCGGGACCCGGCGGCGGCGCGGGCGCCCGCCCCGUCCCGCGGUGCGGAGCAGCGCCCGGGCGCGGCGGCGGCGGGGGGCGGCCGUCGGAGGGUCACCUACGUGCGGAGCGGGCGGCGGGGCAGCGCCGCGCCCGCCUGCUGCGCCCCGCAGCCCCCGGGCGGCCGCCGCAGGAAGACAGUAAGAUGGCACAUUGAACUACAACCAUGGGCAAGUCCAACCCCUUCCCUCAACUAUGAGGCCUCGAGGUUCCUAAAGUACAUUAGCACUUCUCAGAUUUCUUGUGAACACACGAACCUGAACAGCUUGAAAGGGUACCCCAAAACUGCAAAAAAGCCCUGGUCAAUCUGUCUUGAUGAGAGGUUUAGCCUCAUCCAUCGAAUCAGAAGCAAGCAAUGCCGUCUCUAUUCACUGGGGCUAGGCAACGAUGACAACCAGUUUGAGCUCGGCAUGGCCAACAGUGGAUGUGAGGUGCAUCGCUUUGACCCCAGCAUCAAGUCAGCACACAUUCAGGAGGGUCGGCGCCUCUGGUACCAUCGCCUCUCCAUUGACUGGAGGGAUCCCAAUCCAGCCAUUGCAGCUCAUAAACUUCACAGCAACACAAAGAAGCUGGGCACAGUAUUGAAUGAAUUUGGGCAUCAGAAGAUCGAUGUCCUCAAGGCAGACGUGGAGAGCGCCGAGUGGAAAAUUUUGGAAAACCUGAUCCUGGAAGAUGUUGUUGAGCAGAUAGGACAGCUGGUCUUUGAGGUGCACAUGCACUGGCCUGGGUUUGAGGUCAGUGGCAAUGACAGCACCGUGGUGCGGUACUGGUACAGUCUGCUCCGGGAACUGGAGCUGAAGGACUUCAGGCUUUUCCAUACCUACAAAGACUUAUCAAAACCACAGAUGUUUCUGAAAAAGGAAGCUUUCAACGCCAGUAGCUGUUACACACUGAGCUGGGUAAAUACAAGAUGGAAAUAGCAGAAAGGAAUUUAUGAUGUGUGACUGCGAGCCAUCUGGGCCCGUAGCGUUAUUGAAGAGGAUUUUGACGUCACUGGCUAAAGUUGCUAAAUAUGCACGCAGUGACUGCUAGCAAAAUGGACUGGCUUUUAUAUUUAUAUGUUGUCAAAAGAACUGGCACCAGGAGAAGAUAUAUGGUGCAGAUUUGUAUAGCAAUAUAUUUGCCAGUGGGUACAUUGUCCCAGAGGACAGAGGUUUCUGUAAAGGUUUGUCUGGGGGAGAUAAGAGCAUGGUUUUUCCAGGCUGCCCCAUGUUUGAGCAUGCCAGCAAGGAGGGCAUCCCUCUGGGGCUGCCCUGGGAAGCUCUGCUGGCUGAGCUGUGCCAGCCCUUGGGCAGGAGAGUGCUUGUGACAAGGUGUCUUUUUAAGAAAGUGUCAAGUGUUAAUUCUCUGUAAAGUGAUCAUCUUUGAUUUGUACCUUCUUUACUUUGGCCUUGUUUCCUACAGAACAAAUUUUAGGCAAGAACAGUAUAUUCUUGAACCCACUGGCAAAUUUCAGCUGAAUUUGGCAGAGACAGAAAUCACCACCAAACUAAAUUUCUACCUACUUCUUUGAGCAGCUUCUGAGUGCCCUGACUUUGGUUUUUUAAGCUAGCACUCGCCCUCCUCACCCUCGAGAGCCUUCAGCCACAGAAGACAGGGCAUCCCUAGUUCAUCUGCUCAAAGAACAGCUUGGUUGAAAUUACUCUUGCAAUGGCUGCAGCAAGUGGUUUUUCAUCUAGUGAGAUACAUGUAAGAGAUGAAAGUGAAACCUGGUCUUUUUUGUUCCUUUUGGGGUUUUGUUGAACAAUUCCUGGUGCCUUUUCCAGUGCUGUGCCUGGAUGCCUGCCACCUCCUCACCACCUUGCCUCUCCCUGGCAUGAGGAGGCGAAACACUGGAUCUGCACUGAUGCUGGCAGAGGUGGUGGCCCAGGCAGGUGCCCUGGACGGCAGCUGUGCUGGGGCUCAGCAGGCUGGAAUGUGAAUUGUCUGCAGUGCCCCUGGGAGCCUUUGACAUUCCCCAAGGAGCUAAGGAAUGGGGGGAGCUAAAAAACAUAUAGCAGGUAGGGUUUUUUCUUAUCUUUAGAUGAAUUUUGACAUUAAACUUUGCAUUAAAAUACAAGAUGUCACCACUUUCAUAUCUUUGAUAUGGGGACUUUUUAACUGCCUUUGGUUUCCGACUUCUUCAAGUCUACAACUUCCUCAAGGGAGGUGGUGAAGGGGGAGAUGCUGAUCUCCUCUCUCCAGUGACCAGUGACAGGACAUGAAAAAAUUGAAUGAAACUGUGUCAGGGGAGGUUCAGGUUGGGUUUUAGGAAAAGGUUCUUCACCCAGAAGGUGGCCAGUCACUGGAACAGGCUUCCUAGGGAAGUGGUCAUGGAACCAACCAUGUCAGAGUUCAGGGAAUCUCUGGAUGGCUCUCUUAGUAACUUGGUUUAGUUUUAGGUCCUGUGAGGAGCAGUGAGUUGGUCUUGAUGAUCCUUACUGGGUCCCUUCCAAUUUGAGAUAUUCUAUGAUUCUAUAAAAGUAGCUCCUGUUUCUGCUCCUACAUGUCCCACCUGGACCAGGGCUUUGCAGACACCCAGAGCAGGGCACUGAGAGUGCCCACCAUGUCCUCAGCUCUGCAUCAAAAUCAAGAUUACCUGAUGCAGAUGCAUUGAAUUCCCCAUGUCCAAAACAUUGGGCAAAGCACUUUCCUCAGGGCUGAGCUACCUAUUGCCAUCCCUGAGCCAGGUAAUGCACAAACCAAGAGAUCCACAACCUCUGAAGAAUGAGUAAGAAAUGCCUUCUCUGUGACAGCCACCUUGCUACAGCCCUCAUACAUGAAGUACUGAAGUUGUUUAAUGAUGCAGAGCCAUGAGGUGAUUCAUCAAAAUGCAAGAGGCUGACAGGGUUUCCUAAACUAAUAUCUGGCAUGUUGGAAUGGCCACGCUCACUGCACUGCAGAAUGGCUCAACUCCUAUUUUUCAAAUAAUGGGGUGGCAAAAGUCCAGCUGCCAGUCCUGAUUUAUUAAUAAAGUAUAAAUAUAUGGGCUCUAGCAUUGUACAGGUUUUUUCUCCUAACUAGUCUUAGAGUAAGUAGCCUAGUAGCUUAUUAUCAUUUGUUUAAGAAACCAACAGAUAGAGGUUAAAAAAUAAAUUACAUGGCCUCUCUCAAAUGUUAAAAUUCAAAAGGUAUGUACAUCUUCCAUAGUUUAUUUCCCUGAAGUAAAAAUGGUGAUAUGCAAAUUACA